AUGUUAGCAUAUUAUCACCUCUCUUCUGCCUCACCAAAUACUGCAGAAGCAUUAGCAUGGAAUGGAAUGCAUGCUCUCGAAGCUUCUGCUGCUGUCACCCGUACGAAUCUAUCGAGAAGUGAAUUGGCAGCUUUAUGGACACGUGAUGAUUUGGCUGAAUACUGCACAGACAGUCUAAUACCAGCAGAAGGAGGUAUUCAAAGGCUUCAUGCGGGAGUUUAUCGGCAAGGACUGAAGAACUAUUCUGUGAAGAAACCAGCUAUAACCGAUGAACAAAUAGAAAUCUUGUUCAAACGUUUGAUACCAUUUCUUCAUCGCCCUGAAGUCCUGCGCAUGAUAGUGUGGAUGAUCGGACAUGAGGACUCUUCCUGGACAGGUUGA